ACGCUAGUUGCGGGAAAACUGAAGCGGGUGGUUCCUGUGUUGACAACUCUGACCUGUUAGACAACAAGUUUUUAAACAUCACAAUGAAAACCCCAAAGGCCACAGAUGUCAAACAAGGCAUUUCAGUCCUUUGGGAGACUCUACAGUGUCCCAUAUGCUUGGAUUUAAUGACUGCACCUGUAUCCACAAAGUGUGACCACCAGUUUUGCAAAUUUUGUAUGAUGAAACUUUUGGACAACACCAAACAAAACAGGGCUAACUGUCCAGUGUGUAAAGCCAAGAUAACCAAAAGGAGCCUGCAGGAGAGUCCUGGGUUUCAGAGACUUGUAGCAGGUUUGCAGGACAUGAUACAGGCAUAUGAACACGACACUGGCACAAACUACUUUACUGGAAUGUCGCAGCAGAAUGGACAAUCAGGAGUCACAAAUUCUGAUGCUACUAAAUAUCACCAUGAUGUGUCAUCUAGAGAUACACCUGGCACUGACUGUGACAAUGUGGAAAAUGCCGACAAUGAUCUUCCAAGGUCUCACUCUUCAACUAUAGCAGCCCAGAAUGGAUUUGCAAGACUUAUGGGACUUAACAAUAGUCCUUUGACGACAGAAGAAAAUGAAGGCCUGGACAGUGGCCUCGGGGAGGCCCCACCAACUUCUGACAAGAAAAUGCACAGCCCUACUGAUAAUUUCGAACCAAUGGAAACAGAAAUGUCAGAAGUUGUGGAAAAGGCAACAUCAACACGCAAAACGGUUCCCAAAUUGGGGAAAAUAAUAAUUCCAGACGAGACUGAAAACCAACCUUUAAGAAAGUCCUCAAGGAAGAAGCAGAAAAAGAAUUUGGAGCCUGACAAGAUUCUUGAUCAGAAACGGAAGAAAAGUUUAGAGAAAGUUGCUGAGUGGCUCAUGAAAGUUCCAGCUGAAGGAAGUCUUGAGUUGGAGAAACCCAACGAAGACACAGAUGACUCUGACAGCUGUUCUUCCACUUCAACAAUAGAUGUCCAGCAACAAAAUAGUGAUGUGAAUCCUAGGAGGUCGGAUCGUGCUAAAGCCCUUGAAGAGCAGGUGUUUGGGGCCGUCUACAGACGAGAGCGAAGAGGGAACAGGCUCAUCUCCCCGCCACCUAAUGUUUUUGUUGAACCACCAACACCUAAAGAAACAGUGCCCGACACAGUCUCUAGAAGAAGGAAGAACACUCUCACUCCUGCGGAUUUUGUCAAGAAAACAAACUCUGAAGAUAAAAGUGAAGGCGAUAUGGAGGAAGAGCAACAAACGAUAGAAGAAGUAAAGGACACCAGUAGUGACAUUUUUAAAGAAGCAGAACAGAUGGAGGAAAGUGGUAUAGACAAACAUGGGGAAAUGUUCAACAACUUGUCAGAAAGUGACAAAAAUAAUGGCAAACAUGAGGUUCCCGAUCCUGUAUCUGAUAUUGGACAACAGCAACCAGAAAGUAAGUCAAAGAAAAGGUCACGAAACACUCUGCAGCAAGUUGACAGUGAUUUGCUAGAGCAAACUAAGGCAAAGUCAGAAAGUAUUGAGCAAAAGAAAACAGACAAGAGGCAAGGUAAAAACAUAAGGUCAGAAAAAGGCAAGCCCGCAAGAGUGCCGAAACCCCUUGUUCUGGUUGGAGUUCAAAAUGGAGAAACCAGUCCUAAGACUAGACCAAGGUCAGAAGAAGUUCAAGUUCAUAUUGAGAAUUACCCUAGCAGCGAGGACCAAGAAACCCCUCUCAUGAGGAGCACCAGGAGAAGUAGGAGACUUCAAGUCUUCACUGAGGAAGUCCAGGAAGGUCACAAGAAAGCACACUUUAAAGCCAAAAUACUUGAAAAAGACAAAGAUUCUGCAAAGCAAUCUGAGGAUGCUAAAGGGGGAACAUUGGAUAAUACGGCAUCACCUAAGAGUGGACCAACAACAAAGGUGGCUGAAAGAAAUGGAUGUAUUUAUGAUCAAGAUUUAGGAGAAAUAGAAAACAUUGAGUCUGGUGAGAAAACGUCUUAUGUGAGACCAACACAAGAUGCUGAAGAGUCCGUUGCUGAAGUGCCAAAUUCUGAAACUUUGUCUGAAGCUGGUGUUGCUUGUUAUGUCCCUGUCGUCCCAAGCUCUAUAAGUCCAACUGCUGCUGCUGUGAUAGAUCCAACACUUGAAAGUGACAAUCCAACAAAUCCUUUCCCAAAAAAUCUUCAGUUUGAGGCUUCAGCUUGCGAGACUAAACGUGUUGUUAUAGAAAACGAGGAGGAUAAGAAUGACAGCGAACUGGACACAGAGCAGCUGCUCAGGAGCUUCAAAGCCACUAAAAGGAAAUCUUUCCAUCUUGGUGGUCCAAAAGUGAAAAGGAGCUGUAGUUCAGACCGAGAAUACAUGCAGAGUGCUGAAGCAGAGGAGAACUGGUCUGAUGCUGAAUCUGCAGAAAAUCUGAUUUCCACAAAGGUAUCUGAAAUUCCCAGCCAAGAGGCAUUAAGAGUCAAUGAGAACUCAUCUUGUAGUGAUUUGAUCUCCCCUUCUAACUCACCUGGCCUGACAAGAAGAACAGUUGUCGAGAAACCAGAUCAAGUGGUGGUAGAAGCCUCUUUCUCUGAUAGUAGUUGUUCAGAUCAGGACCGUGCUGAUGGUAACUGUCUCUCCAGGAAUAGUGUUAGUAGCACCCUUACUCCUAAUAAAGUGUCAAAACGUGAAAUAGAAAGUCCUCAUCUUUCUGCUGUACCUCAAGUCGUAGAUUCUGGGCUCUGCUUCACAGCCGUUGAACACGAGGAGCUAAACGAACCCUCAAAUUGUUCUCAAAUUACAGAGAAUCAGCUUGAUUGUACGUUGUACGAGGCCAACAAAGUGGAGGAGACAGGAGACAGCAUAUUGGUGCACAGUUCAUCUGCCAGUGAAAAACAUACAGUCCACACUGCUGAAAGUGUUUUAAAUGCAGAGUCCUCUUUAACUCCUGAUGGCCUUGGAAUGCCAGCUGUCCAUGAAGCAGGGUCACACAGCUGGGGUAGUGGAGAGCUCAGCGCCCAUUCCUCCAUCAAGAGCAUGCCCAGGAAGAGGACGCGGGCCCAGAGGCUCGAGUCGUCAUCCGAUUCGUCAGAUUGUAGUGAAGAGGAAUUACCAACUUUGACUAAAAUCUUCGGAACAUCUGCUCCUCCCGCUGCUGUGACCCAGGAACAGGGCGACUCCAGUGAGGCUAAUAGAUGUGGGGGUGUUACAGCUGAUGGGGCACAACAGUCGAGCCAUCCACCUGCGUGCCCGAGCCCUGACUGCGUUAAUUCCAGCCAAGCAUCUGUGGACUUGUUUGGCACACCAGAUGAAUGUGAUGUUCCAGUAAAUGACCCCAUUGUUUCCAUGGAAUCAUCACAAUUUUCAAGCGGAGUCCUUGUUACGCAGCAAAAGAUAGAGAUGCAGAAGGAGCUGGUGAGGUUGGAGAAGCUGAUGGCUCUGGUGUCAGAGGUGCUUCAGGAGAAGGAAGACAGUCCCACAAAAGAAGUCCCCUCAAAAACAAAUCAGAGUGGCAAAAGCACAGGCCCAGACGCUCACAGACCCCUCCCAUGUGAUCAGAACCUAGGCCAAAGUUCAGACCGGAAGUCUGUUGCAGAAGCAGAACAAGAGCCCAACACGAGACCAUCUGAUGGCAAAGGGGUCACACAGCCCGGUAUGUCAAAGCAUGGCAGCACUGCAGAGAUGGCAGCGCAGCGCUCCACACACACAGGAACGAGUGUAAAAGGUACCGGAGCCUCCAAAACAGUUAGUUCAGGUUCAGCAGCCAAAACACUAAAGAGCAAUGGUUCACCAUCAGAUGGGCAAGAAGACAAAGAAAAUAACACUCCUCCGAAAGAUAGAAGUAAAGCCAAGAUGGUGCUAGUGUCAUCUGGAUUAGGCCCCAGUGAACAGAUUGUGGUGAAAAAGUUUGCCAAGCGAGUCGGUGCCCGUGUUGUCUCCCAAGUAACGCCAGAGGUGACCCACAUCAUAAUGCACACAGAUGAACAAUUGGUGUGCGAGCGCACGCUGAAGUACUUCCUUGGCAUUGCAGGCAGGAAGUGGGUGGUGAGCUUCCAGUGGAUUUCAGAGUGCUUCAAACAAAUGAAACUCUUAGAUGAGUCUCUCUUUGAAGUGAGAGGUGAUGUGGUGAAUGGACCCAACCACCAGGGCCCCAUGAGAGCUCGUACCACUCAAGACAAUAACUUGCUCAUGAAAGGCUACAAGAUCUGCUUCCAAGGGCCUUUUACAGACAUGACUACAGACGAAAUGGAGUGGAUGGUGGAGCUCUGUGGAGCAGCUGUAGUCAAAGAUCCACUUCUCCUCGACAAUACUCAGAAGUCGCUUCAGCUGGUCAUUGUACAGCCUGGAUCGGAGUCCUCAUCGUCUACAUACAGCAGUCUCUCUAAACAAGCUACAGUUGUGACACGUGGUUGGCUGUUGGAUACCGUGGCAACCUACACCCUCCAAAACUACAUGAGUUAUACAACAUGAGUUAGGGAACAAGGUGCAUCAUUUUCUCAUCACCCAUUUUACACCUUUUUUUUUAAAUGUCUACUACUAUAACCAAACUUUCACCCAUCUGUCUUAUUGAUAGUACUCAAUCUCUUUGUAUCGUGUGUGCGGAUGACACCAUGUAUAUAAAGUUUAAUCAACAGAA